CUUAUGAGUUAAACACCUAAAAGCAAAUUAAAUUUAUAAAGUAAGCCAAAGUAUGUAAACGGAAUAAAUAAGCCCGAUUAAAUUCAAAACAAAAUUAGCAGAGGCACAUCAGCUGAUAGAAAUUAAAGAAAAAAUGAGUAUAAAAAAUGAUAAAUAAAAGAUUAGAGUAGAGUAAAAGACGAAUUCAUCAAUUGGCGCAGCUAAAACAUCCUUUGAUUUUAGUCCAAUUAGUUAGAGAACAUAAUAAGAUUAAGUAAGAUAAAAAGAGAUAGAGCAUGCUUCACCCUAAAGUACAUUGAGGAAUUUCAGAAAUAGAAGCGUGUCGACUGCUACAGAUUUCAAAUCUUUUCAGCAAAGAAAUUAAAAUUAAAAUUAAUUAGUUAAGGAGCAGACAUUGACCAAAAAUACCUAAGCAAUUAAAAUGAAUACUUAACGUUUUUCAUUUAAACCAACAGAAACAACCCAAAAGCAGAAACUAGUUUAAGUACAACCCAAAAAAAAUCAAAAAACUCAAGUGUAAUAAUAAAAAGUUGAACAAAAAUCUCAACCUUUAAAACUAUUGGAUAAAAAAAAAGACGUAUAAAAUGCUGUUAGUCCAAUCUCUAAAACAGAGGAUGUAAAAAAUUAGAAAAAGUAGCAAGAUAAUGCUACAAAAUCAUUAACACCAAGGCUAGAUAUAUCAAAGGUGUCUAAUACUCCACCCUAAAAAUUAAUUACAACUUAGAGAGGAAAAUCACCUAGUCAUGAUUAAAAUUAUUAAUCGCAAAAACUAAAAGCUUUUAUAGUAAAAAUUAAGAUAUUAUAUAGUCUGUUAUUAGACCCAUCUUUAAAGACGCGAAAUAUUAUAUAACUUCUGUUAUCCAUUUUUUAAGGGAGUAACAUUUUCCUAAUACUACUCCCUACAAAGUUUAAUUUUAAAUUGAAUUCUAAGAACAAUAGCUGUAUUUUAGAUAAAAGUUUUGCGAUCAUUAUUUAUCUAGUUUUUAAUAUUUGAAAUAAUGUUAAACUUUGUAAUAGAAGACAACAAUAAAGCCAAUUUAGAUGGAUCCGCCGAAAUAGCCUAAAUUGAGCAAAAACUCUCCUAAAACUAUAAUAUUUGAUCUUGAUGAGACUUUGAUACAUUGCAAUGAUAUUAAUCUUAAUCCAACCGAUCAUGAAAUUACUGUUUAGAUUCCUAAUGAACCUCCUUAAUAGGUAUGAAUCGAAGUUAUAAAUAGGUUCGAUUUAACAUAAGGCCAUACUGUAUUGAAAUGCUGUCAAUUUUGUCUUAAUUCUAUGAGUUGAUUCUAUUUACUGCAUCUUUUCAAUAAUAUGCAGAUUAAAUCUUAGAAUUCAUAGAUCCCAAAAAAUAGAUUUUUUCUUAUAGACUCUAUAGAGAUAGUUGUAUUACACUAGGAGAUGGCCUUUUAGUAAAAGAUUUAAGAGUCUUAGAAGGCAGAAACUUGGAGGUAUAUUAAUAUACAAUUCUAUCAUUAAGUCUAUGGCUUUAGUCGAUAAUUCAGCUUAUUGCUAUUUUUUACAGCCAGAUAAUGGAAUUCCAAUCAUUCCAUUUGAAGAUAAUAAGAAAGAUAAAGAACUUAUUUUUCUAACAGAUUAUUUGAUUAAAUGUGAGAAACAUCCAAAUUGGCUUGAACACCAUAAGCAUCAUUUUAAAAAUUUCAUCCAUUUUAAGGCUUAAACAAUAACUGAAUGUUUAAGAAGAAUUAUUUGA